ACAGAAGAAAAAGAAAACUCUAAAAUUGCGCUUCCAGCUGCCACCUUCCCUCUCCCCCUGAGAUUCGAGCUUCACUCACUGAGUCACUGACUCGUUUGAUGGCGCCCCCUACCGAAAUCAAAGCUGCUGGCUCCAACGUGGCGGUGCCUUCUGCAUCAUCGUCUCAACCGUUGCGGCCGCCACAACCUUCAUCUGCCUCUUCCUCCUCCUCUGCUCCUCCUCCUCCUUAUGGUGCCAUAUUGUUUAAGCCAUUUGGUUCAACGUAACUGAAUUAGAUCACAGUGUCAGAUCAUGAAUCUUUCCUGGAAAAAUCUAGUGCAGUUAGAUUACAAGCAGUGUUUGGAAGACCUUGCUCAAAAAUUAAACAUAGUUCUUCCAGAGUAUGAAACAACUCGUGAUAGAUCUUCAGAAGUUGCAAUGUAUAGGUCAACUGUGCUGGUGGAUGGAAUGAGUUUUACGUCUGAGAUCACUUAUUCACUUUAUCCACUCGAAAGGCUGCUGAACAAGAUAUUGCCAGAGUUGCUUUUAAGAACCUAUCUAAGAAAGUUAAAGAUCAUGGAUGUGCUCUUGUUUGUGAGGUUUGAUAAUACUGCAUUUGCCAAGUCUGCUUUGGAUGAAUAUGCUGCAAAACUGAAUACAAGACCUACUUAUAACCCUGUUAAGCUAGAAGGGCCACCUCCUUGUUUUGAAUGUUCUGUGAUCUUUGAUGCCACACAAUACACGGGGGAUACUGCUAAAGACAAAAGCGAGGCUGAGCAGUUAGCAGCACGUGCUGUUCUUCUUUCAAUUCUAGCAACUAUAGGACAUGCUUCUAAUAUGCAGGAUCAUAAAGAUAAUAUAGUUGCAACUACAGUACACGCUUCUGAUCUACAGGAUCAUAAAGAUAAGAAAGCUGGAACUAAAAGAUGUGCUUCUGUUUGGCUGGCCAAUAAAAAUAAGGACAAUAAAGAUAUAGUUGCAACUACAGGACUUGCUUCUGAUCAGAACCAUAAAAGAUAAGGAAGUUUCUACUUCAGGACAUGCAUUUAAUCCACAGGACCAUAAAAGUAAGGAUAAAAAUAAAAAGAGAAUUAAACCUGCUUCUUCCAAAAUGUUUUCCUCAUUUCAGAAGCCUGAAGGUGAACCAUCUCUCGAGGCCAUCAAGCUUCUGAAGCUCUUUCUUCAACCAGGAUGUUCAAAAUGACGGACUUGGCAAGAUACUGCUAAUGGUUCCAAUUCAGAAAAGAGGCAAAAGACUGCUGGAAUCUCCGCUACCGCUGCAGCUGUUCAUUGUUCUGCAGCACAACAAUUUGAACGAGCCAAUCAAACUAUUAUGUUGGAUUGAAGAUCUAGUCCUCUCUGUACAAAACCUUUGUACUAUGAAAAAAAGUAUUUAGUUUUUAUUUAGUUUGUAUUUAUUGGCGUCAAGCUGAGUAGCAAUUGAUAAUGUUAUAGUUAAAUCGCUGAUUAUGUUCAUUUUGGAAAAGAUGAUUGCUUAUCUUUCUUAAGGAAUACACUUUAAUUAUAAGUACAUUUGAAGUUAAAAUAAAUUAGUAAGCAU